AUGACGAGCACAAUCGGCAUACCAAUCAAGCUGUUGAACGAGGCGCAGGGACAUGUCGUAACUCUCGAGAUUACCAGUGGGCAGGUCUACCGCGGAAAGCUACUCGAAGCCGAGGAUAACAUGAACGUCCAGCUCAAAGAUAUUACUGUUACCGCCCGCGAUGGAAGAGUCAGUCAUUUGGAUCAAGUCUAUAUUCGAGGAAGCCACGUCCGAUUUUUCAUUGUGCCUGAUAUGUUAAGAAACGCACCUAUGUUCAGAUCUCGAGGCGUGAAGGGCAGAGGUGUUGGGUUGGCAAGAGGAAGAGCUACGGUUAGCAGAGCGAGAGCUAGUGGACAGAGAGGUGCUCCUCGUGAACUGACGCCAACCUCCAUAAGUACAACAUCAUCCAUAAAUGCGGGCUCAAUCGCCGGCUCAACGCACGAUUAUCACAUCAAAACAUCUUAUUACGAAGCCAAAGUCCCCAUCUGGCUUGAUGAGAUUUCUGAGCCUGAAGUAUGGGCGAAGGAAUUCUUGGCGCCUGAAGCGAGGGAGGUUUUGAGCGUUCUUGGUGGAUUCGUUGUUUGUUUUCGAAAACCGACUACGGAAAAGGAGUUAGAAGAAAUCAAAGAGCUGUUAAAGCAUGUUCAGGAAGUGGUGAAGGAAGGUUGUGGGUAUUCAUGGGAUGGAGUUUGCUUAGCUGUGGGUAUGAAACAAAGCAUUACACCAUUUCUAGACAUAAGCCAUGAAGACUGGGAAGACACAUGUCAAGAUCAUGGCUUCGAAUUCAUAGAUUUUGAGUUGGCGGGCAAGAACGAGUACAAAGAAUCUCAAGGUGUAGGUCGACUGCGGGAAGCCUUAGAAGCCAACGAUUGGAAUACUGAUGAUAUGGAUCUCGAUGAUUUCGAUGCGAUUGUUGAUGAUUUCGGCGAAGAUGACGAAGGAAGCUUAGGCUUUGGCAUCGAUCCGAAAGAGAUGGAGGAGGAUAUGAAGGGAAUGAAAGAGGCUAUCUAUGGGGCUGGGCUGAGUAUGGGAGAGGAAGAGGAAGGAGAUCAUGAUGCGGAAGUCGAGAAGCUGCAGGCUAUGAUGGCGAAGAUGCAAGCUGUAAGAGACAUGGGCGAAAGCUUACCCGAAGCAGAAAGGAAACGGCUUGCUGCAAAAACAGUAUCCGAGAUCAUGAAAACCAUGUAA